AUGGAGCCGGUGCCUGGUGCGGAGGCAGCUCUGGAUGCUCCAUCCUCCCGGUACUUCGCCUCCCUGGACGCCAGCGUUGGGGACCUGCAGCAACGUGCUCAGCACCUCAUCGACACCGUGAACAGCAGCAGGAAGGAGGAUCACAAUGUGAUGAGCACUGAGCUCCAGCAGGUCUGUCGCACCGUGGAGGCUGCUUAUCGUGACCUCUGCCUGCAGCCUGAGACCUGA